AACGACAAUCAAGAACUUUCUUUCACUUCGCAAAAUCAACGCCUUACAAUCAAAAUGGUCUCCUUCACUUCGCUCAUCACCGCCGCCAUUGCUGCUACCAGCGCUUUCGCUGCACCUGCUACUGAUGUAGCUGCUCGUUCAUCUGGUGAUCUCGUUGCCCGUCAGAGCACUCCCAACUCUGAGGGAACACACAACGGCUGCUUCUAUUCGUGGUGGACUGAUGGUGGUUCCAGGGUCACUUACACCAACGGUGCUGGUGGCAGCUACAGUGUCCAGUGGGGAAGCGGAGGCAACUUUGUCGGAGGAAAGGGAUGGAACCCAGGAUCGGCCCGUACCAUAACCUACUCCGGUUCGUACAACCCCAACGGCAACUCAUACCUUGCCAUCUACGGCUGGACUCGCAACCCUCUUGUCGAGUACUACGUCGUUGAGAACUUCGGAACCUACGACCCCUCCUCCCAGGCCCAGAACAAGGGCACUGUGACCGUCGAUGGCUCAUCCUACAAGAUCGCUCAGUCGACCCGCACCAACCAGCCAUCCAUUGAUGGCACCAGGACCUUUCAGCAGUAUUGGUCUGUUCGCCAGAACAAGCGCUCUUCCGGCUCAGUUAACAUGAAGACUCACUUUGAUGCCUGGGCCAGCAAGGGCAUGAACCUUGGUAGCCACUACUACCAAAUUGUCGCUACUGAGGGAUACUUCUCCACUGGUAGCGCUUCCAUCACUGUCAACUGCCCGUAAGUGGUUCAAAGUGCGAAGGUCACGUGG